GGUGACACGUGUUACCGGUCGCACGUGACUCGCGCGACGUUCUGAGAAAUCGCGCGCGAAAUCCCGCUUUGGAAGGGACAGACUAAUUUUACCUCGUCUCGGCCGCCGAUUCGCGAUAUUCGCGACGAUUGAACAACGUCGAGCCGUGUCUUCGAAAUUUCGAACCGUCGUUGAAAAAUACGAAGAUCGUUUGCGGGAGACGAGGACGCGAACCAGGCGCUAAAACGAGAAGGAGAAUCUCGGCUCUUUUCUUCGUGCGCGACGUCUCACUUUGCAGUAGAAAGCACGAGCUUCAUAGUACACGUCGUCGAUGUUGAGCUAAGUGCACGUUCGCGCUUUGGAAACGCCGAGACGCACUUGAACAAUACGCGCCAAAUAUUUCGUAGCGUAGUGUCGCCCCUUUGAAAAAGUAAAAGUUUUAUCGAAGGUAUACUCGACUAUGAUCGCUCGCGUUGGAUCAACGAAGACACUUCAAACGUACGGUAACUCUACACCCUCCCUCUCUCUCUCCACGUGGACGAGAGCGAGUCGUCUCAAAGUUAUCGCGUGAUUUCCAGUUCAAAGAUUCCAAAAGAGUUAUCACGUUUCCUCGGCGUUGAGCCGACGGAACUCUUCCCUCCCGGCCGUGCGUAGUCAGCCGGAACUGUCAAGCGGAUCGACGAUGUGACGUAUACAUAUACAUGUAUUUUCAUUGUAACGAACGCGACGCGUGACGGAAGAGACAACGAAACGACGUCUUCCCGUUCUCUCUCUCAGUGAACUGUGCCAAAUACUCCUGUCUAUACAGAUCUUCCCUGACGUUUCACCCCGAGAUAACUGAUAUUGACAGCGUCUAAAAACGUUAAACAUUGGGGGAAAAUCAUUCGGAUAACUAUUACGGUUGAUCUGACAGUGUGAUAACUUCUAGUCAUAGGUCCGAUUAGACGGCCAGCGGAUGUAGUUGUUCGGACGGACUGCCGACGUCGAUAACGUCGUAGCAUGACUAUCGUUGAUAUAACUUCGUGUGAUAACGUGGUUAGAGUAGAUCGCUAUUCUCUAUCAGAAUCCGGCCACAGCAGAGAGAAAAUUUCGGCCCGUCAACCAGUCGCUCGAGCAACGUUCUUCAUGACACACGUGUCACGAAGCCAUGUCUCUCGCGUAGACGAUAAUCCGGUCGAGAGUAAGCGAAGCUGCAAAACGCGCGGGAGAGAAAGGUUUUGCUGACCGCUCCUCCUAGAACUACCCUUUACCGGUGCAUUUCGAUCGCCAGCCGAAGAUCCACCCUCUCCGCGAAGAUGAAUUCCAGUCUCAGCUAUGAGUCGAACGACAACUACACGUCGACGCCGUUGGAGCACGCGGACUUCACGUGCGGCCCGAAGCUCGAGUCCUUCCACAACAGCUACGCGUUGGUGCACGGCUGGGCGAGUCUGCAGGUGUGCAUAUUCGGCUCGAUCGCCAACGUCCUAAACAUCGCCGUGCUGACCCGUCGCGAGAUGCACUCGCCCACCAACAUGAUCCUCACCGGCCUCGCGGUAGCCGACCUCCUCGUAAUGAUCGAGUACAUACCGUACGCGAUACACAUGUACCUCUAUCAGCGAUCCCGCAGGGACACCUUCACCUACAGCUGGGGCAUCUUCGUGCUGUUCCACUCAAACUUCGGCCAGGUGUGCCACACGAUCUCGAUCUGCCUGACGGUGAUGUUGGCGAUCUGGCGGUACAUCGCGGUCGCGUAUCCGCAGAAAAACCGCGAGUGGUGCAGCAACACUCGCACCGUGCUCACGAUCGUCGGCGCUUACGUGUUCUGCCCGAUACUGUGCGUGCCGCUCUACGUCACCACCGAGGUGAGGCCGCACGUAGAGGUGUUGGACAAGCAGGGUAUGAACGUGAACCUGACAAAGCUCAACGGCACUGCGUCGCUCGAGGGUACGACCAACACCACGCUGUAUUUCGUCAAGCUCACGGAGACCGCAAGGAUGCACGCCGCACUGAAGAAGAUGAACUUCUGGAUCUACAGUGUGGUGAUCAAACUGAUACCCUGCCUGGCGCUCACCGUGCUGAGCUUCAAGCUGAUAAGGGUGCUGGUGGAGGCGAAGAGGCGGCGUAAGAAGCUCACCACGAAGAACAACGACAUCAAGAUGAGUAACGGCAAGAACGCAUGCGAGAAACCGUGCAAGAAGAAGCGGAAAGGCACCGAUAAGGAGAAGCAGACUGACAGGACCACGAAGAUGCUGUUGGCAGUGCUCGCAUUGUUCCUUAUCACGGAGUUCCCGCAAGGCAUCCUGGGAUUGUUCAGCGUUGUUCUGGGCACGAGUUUCUUCAAUACAUGCUACGUCAUGUUGGGCGACGUGAUAGACAUCCUGACGCUCAUAAACUCGGCCAUCAAUUUCAUCCUGUACUGCGCCAUGAGUCGGCAAUUCCGGACGACGUUCAACCAGCUGUUUUGCAGCCGACUGUGGCGACUAAUCGGCAGGUGGAUGCCGCUGCCGCACCAAUCAAUGGAGAACAACGGGAACACCGGGACCAAUCACACGAUGACCCAGGUCACCCAAGUCUAGCGUCGAAGAGACCGACGAGCCUUUUGCUAUCCGCUGUAAGAAAAGCGCCGGCACUGAUUGCCUCCCUUUCUAAGCCCGGCACACGUUACUCGCGCUAGUUCGCGAAUCGAAGACGUUUCUUUGAAUUGAUUCUGUUUCUCCCCGGCCCUCUCCCUUUACCGCUCCAGCCGUUCGUGGCGCGCCGACUUCGCGCGCGAACAAGAAAAGGAAAAAGAGGUGAAAUUUAUUUGCUCGCUACUGCCAGCGUCUACUAAUUGCGUCGUUGCGAACUUUUAUAACGCCCUGGCUGAUGGGCGUGUGUUCCCGACGAGGACGCCGCCGCUCGUCGAGGACACUCGGCACGCCCGGUGCGCAACAAAUAUUUGCUUCGCUCGGCCGGCACGCUCUCUCUCUCUAUGUUUCCCCGGCGUUUCUUUUUAAUUUUGCGCGCUACUUACUAGCUACCACCCGCGACCAAUCGGCAGCGGCGCGUACAGUCCGGUUGUCGAGCCCAAAAUAACGCACAACGAUUGUCCACGCGCGCGCGCACAGAUACAUUUUCGCGAUAGGGAAACGUGAGUGGGAAAGCGUGUCCGCAGCGCUGUUGAUCCUCGUCAUUGUCAGAGCCAUGGCUUCACAACGCUAAUCGUACGAUUCCGGGAUCUAUACAUCCGCCUACUUACAGUCGAAUACUUAUUAACCCUGCGGUAAUGAAGAUGGACGAUGUUUAAUGGGGAACGAUCGAUAAUUACAGUCAUCUGCAAGUGAUCCGUUUCUCAAGAGCUUGUUAGAAAUGUUCAAUUUGAAAUACGUUUCAUUCACCGCGUGAAAUACCGUUGCACAUCAGAAAUAAUAUCUUUGACGAUAAUAAUCAUUACUUUUUCAGGCACAAUGCGCGUUCGGAGCUAACAGCGUUUUUAUUUAUUAAAAAAGUUUUAAUUGCCAUUGGGAAGCAUAUUAUACCCUCAUUGGGUUUUAUUGAAAAAAAUGUUCAUCGCGAAUUACGAAUUGCGCGCGGAAUAACGAACGUAAGUAACAAGUUAGUUUUAUAUACGUGGAUCGAGAGAGAUAUUGCAUUGAGUGCUCGCAGAAGGUAAAAUAAUUAAAUACUCUCUCUAAUUACGUGUGGAAUAAUACGAAAGUUAGCGUCGUGUUUUUGUCGACUCGCGAAAUAUAUAGACGACUUCGUCGCGGGAUUAUACGAGGCAGCGAGAUGAAAGCGUGCGUAGUGAUUAACAUAAUUAACGAUACAAUACGAGACGUAGGAUCUCCGUGAUGUAAAAGGGGCAGUCUUGCUUCGCGAUUCACAUUCAUGCAGUUGAAUAUUUAAAAAAUCUCGUCUACGCAACUUCUUUCUCCCACGCUCGAGAUUAAUGCAAAUUACAUUCCAGAAACGUGUACUUUGUCCUCGGAAAAAAAAAGAAUAACCGCGAAACCCGUUCCGGAAACAGUUGCUCCGCGAGGUUCUCUUGGAAUCAAGAAAAUAUUCGCGCGUCCCGCCAUUCUCUUUGAAUUCGUCGAACGCGCAUUCCGAUCGGAAAUACUUUUCGGCCGGUAAUGAAUCGUUCGGUCAAAUCUCGCAAAGAGAGCCCGCUCUCGAGCCGCUCUCGGCGCGCAAUUAACAUUCGCCGAAAUAUCAAACGACCGUCGAAGAACCGAAGUGAGGAAAAAGAACAAAGUAUUGGCCGGUAUUCUCGAUUCCAGGCGCGCGCCCGCACGGGCGCCCGAUAAUCGAAUUGUCGCGUUCGCGCCCGCAUUUAUUACUGAGCCGAGCUCGAUAUUCCCGCAUCAAUUUUCACUGGAGUCCGAAAAGAAUAUAUUACGAGCGAAAUAAAAAAUCACGCGGAUCGCGUCACCGUGAUAAAUUAGAGCUCGCCUAAACCGCCGUAUGCCCGGCACUCCCGGGCCAAAUCGCCGCAAUUAGCGCGCCACGCGAGCAGACCGCCGCAAUGAAUCGUUGCCUUCCGUGUGCGAUUGACUUUUCGUCGUCUUCAACAAAAUCGCUCUCGCGCGUGAGUCGCACGAACGCCGGUGUAAGGAUUCACCGGCGGACGUUAGAUUUUUAUUUAUUCGAGUCAGGCGCACACGCGCGCCCCCAUGGGACAAUUCGAUAAAUUGUCGCGGUCGUGGAUUUUAUUUCUGCCUGGCAUUUUUUCAUCCGUUGAACGUUAAUUUCUUUACGUUAUCUACGAUCGUACCCGGACGACAUUACCGGUGGGCAUGUAUCUCCACCGCGCGUAUAUAUCCCAAUUUUAUUUCUCUACUUGUAAAGAUUGUCCAUCAAUAGUCUCUCAUUUGUAGAAAUUAUUUUCGAAUUACAUUUGUCAGUAUUACAAUUGAUUUUACGACAAACGGAAAAGAGGAGGAAGAGGAGGAGGGGAAGAAGGAAGAAAAAGACGUAGAAGCAAAUAUGGAAUAAAUCAAGAUCCGAUUCUCAGACUCGCCCCAAGCAGAAUUAUGAAUAAUUUUGUUCCAUUUUCCCCGCAUGCUAAUCCAUCGCGCAAAAUUCGUGAUUUCCCUCCCAGUGGUAAAAGUACCUCGUUUACGGGACGAUCUAUUAUAGUCAAACCGAAAUGACCCGACCGGAUAAUUUUCAGAGGAUAAUAUCCUCUUUUAGUCUAGACGAAUUACACGACGAAUAUACACAUCAGAUUAAGCCCUUUCCGCGUCGGCAAUGAAACGGAACAUUAUUCCCCGCGCAAUCUCGUAAUAACGGAUGACCUUAGGCGUUGCAAAUAAUGUUCCCCUUUCGUGAAAGAGAUUCAUUAGCGGAACCGUUGGCAGAAGAUACAACAAACACGCUGUCGUUACGCGCCGGAAAAGAAAAAGAGAGACGAGAGAUAAACACCGAUAUAUGGUCCCAUGGAUUUCAUGGUUGCGUGUUGUUUGUAGCGGAUAGCAAAGUCGUUCGUUGGUCCCCUCGCGAUGGGAAUCGAUAGCAGCCGAUAACUAAUAAGAGCGAGUGAUGCAUCGAAACGUGUUGGAGAAAUACGUCGCGAGCUACGAGCUUUUGGAGUUCGUUUGCGAAUAUAUAUCGCAUUUAUUCGAUGAGAGAGAGAGAGAGAGAGAGAAGGAAGAUGUCUCGUACUCGAGAGAACGGCGUUAGAUCGAAAGCCAAUUAUCAAUUGGUGGAUUCGUGUUUCACGAAACCUUUUCACAACGCCGAGCUAACAAAGACGCGUUCCUCAUUUUCAAAGACGUUGAUUUCUCACUCUUUUGUCUCGCGUUUCUCGAAAAUGAUACUGUACCGUAUAAUGUGCGCGCAAACGCGAGAACGAAAGAAACGCGGGACAAAGAAAAAUAAAUAAACGACGGCUGCUAAUAUUGUCCGAAGAAAAAAAAGAAAUAUAUUCAGCAGGCGAGGAAGAGAAUGAAGGCCUUUGAAGUAUAGAGAAAAACUUGUUAAAUGUCAUAUCAAAUUAUUUCAAAUGUUAUCAAUGUUUAUUGAAGGAGAAAAUGUGUGCGCGGAUUUGUUUCUAUAAAUCUGUAAUACUCUUUUUUUCUUUUUUUAUAUAUUUCGUUCAAUGUAAACGAUCAUCUCUCCGUGUGCGUGUACGUGCGUGUGUGUUAUUUUAUACGAAACGCAGCAAUAUCGAAUUUAUGAUUCCGUUCCAUUAAUCGAAUUAUGUUGUGUUAUCAUCGAUGUCACGAUAACGCGACAUUUAUCCCGCUACGAAAUCAAUGCAAACUGUAGAAAUUAAUAUUUUUACUGUUACACUAAUGUGUCGUCUCUAUUCGGACAUGCCAAUUUCUAUGUUACAUCCAGGUAACAACGGAAGUGAUAAAUGUACUACAGUAGCUGUAAGUUAUUACUUAAGAAUACGAACGAAACGCACUAUAUAAAAAUGGACACGGCGACAGCAUAAAAAAGAAGAACAACCGAGAAUUAACGUUCUUAUACUCGUACAACGACCAUACGUCUAGUUUUUCGUCAUUGAUUUUCAAUAUUCCCUGUAAAAUUAUAUGACAUAUCGAAUUUUUAAUAAAAAGACA